UUUUAAAACAUAGGAUUCAAAGUAUUUAUUACGUAUUGUAAAAAUGACGCAUUUACUUAUCUACUUGUAGAACUAGUUAAUUUAGCUCUAUAUACAAAUAAGUAUUAAAAUUAUUAGUCGGUAGAUACUCAGAUAACAAAUACAUACUCUUAUAGUCAAUUUUUAAUGAGUUAAGGCUAUAAUAUUAUAGAUAAUAAUAUGAUUUUUUCUUACGCCUAAUCGAGAACACUGAACUAGUAUUUUCUGCAAUAUUGCUAUAAUAACAUUUCAGGCGUCUACAUAUUUUCUAUUCUACGUUUAGACACUAUAUCCUAAUAAACAGUAAUUCAUAUGACAAUUUUUUAAUUUGUAACGGACUUUAUGAUCUUUAUUUUUAAAGUUAUUUUUGUUGUGUUUGUAUUUUUUAAUGGGAUAAAAAUGGAACGAUAUCUUCGCUUACGCUAUUAACACAUGCUGGCGGAGUAUCAGAGAAUGAUGAUAAAUGAGGAUGAAAUCAGAUUAGUAGGCCCAUAGUGACGAAUUUACCAGGAUUAACCACGAUGGAUUCCAGCGAGGAUCACAUGGAUAUGAUACCUGAUAGGAUACAUCGCUAUCAGAGUAGAUAGUGCUAAGCGGUAAUACUAUAACUAAUUGCACGCUUGUCCGCACCAUGUCACACAGAGACAAUAAAUUAGACAAUGGAUACAUAGACACAGAGUUCUCAUCUGGCGACUCUAACAGGAAUAAAACUAAACAGUGUUACCGAGAGGAGAACAACAACGAGGUCGAUGAACUGUCCAAGGAAUUGUCGGAGAUGGGAUGCAUCGUGGAUGCUGUGAAACGACCGCCAAAUAUCUGCGUCGAAACAUGCGUCUAUGACUCGGGUUCGGAACACGAGAAAUCUAAAUCCUAUAACAAUGAUGAUGAUGCGUACUCUGAUGAGUUCGAAGACGACAAAAGUGAUGAGGAGGAAUCGAUAAAAACUGAAUUGAAGUCACUGAAGUCGGACAGCGGCAGUGCAAGUAAAGAGUUCAGUCAAUCGUCAGUGAAACUGUCUAAAAGUCAUUCUUCCAUGUCCAGUAAGCCUCCAGCGUCGAUCACGAGCAGAUCUAAUUAUGGUUCCGUAUCGGUGCCACCGACCAAGCGAAUCAACAUGUCGUUUACGAAUGACAGACUUAGGGAGAUCGAGCGUCACAAUCAUAUAUUGCUGACGAAAAUUCUAAGCGCCAGGAACACGAGGAAGUCUUCCAUCCCGCCACGGGAGCAGCCCGCCAGGAAGGCGAUGCCGCCGGCGGCUGUGUCCAGGAAGAAGCAGCAGAGGCAGAUCGAUUAUGAUAACAUGAUCCUGUUAAAGAAGAUCCAGCGCGCCAAGUCGUCCGCUUGCAGCAUCCGCCGUUGAUACAGAUGUGGCGUCCGGUGCGCGGGCGCCGCACACUGCCUUCAUAAAUAUUUGAUACUAGUCUUACCGUGUAUAUUUGUUAUAAUAAAAUUAUC